AUGAAAGUGGAGGGCGGAGUGGCAACGACGACGGUCCUCCACAAGGUCAAGGUCAAGGAAGAGACGAAGGAAUGCUGCGGCGGCUACCAGCAGGCCUCGCCGUCGUCGGCCACGUCGACGGCCACCACCGCGACCGUCGCGACGCUCACCGUCUCGGCCGCGACGGCGAUCACCACGACCGUCACAAACAACAGCAACGGCGUCUCCACCGUGAACGCGAAUCCUUCCACGACCACCACGGUGGUCGUCGCCGCUCCCGCCGCCUCCGCCGCCACCCCCGCUCCGCAGUCGUCCAGCAUUAUCUGCCAUCCGCCGACGACCGUCUCCAACACCGUCGACUCAUUCCCGGUCGACCUCGAUCUCAAGGCCAAGAGUAAGGGAUCCUCCGCAACGCGGGAGAAGUCUUCGCGAGAGGAUGCGGUCCAGCCCGAGGCGCACUCGCCCUCUUCUCAGCAGCAUCAAAGGAUCGGUCAGCAGAAGCAAACGAACGGCCCUCGAUCGGAGUACAAAGGCACGUCCGGUUGCUCCAGGUCUUCUGACAACGACAGCCCUUUGCCCUCGCAGUCGCUCAAACCCGAGCUCGAGGAGGCCGCUGCGAACGCCGGGCCCAGGACUACGGACGAGCAGGGCGACGGCGCCGCGCUGGCAAACGGCGGCGCUACCGGUGCGUCCAGAUGCGUCAGCGGUAUUUUCGCAGGGCACGGCAAGCUCAAGAGGUUGCUGGGCACCCUGGUGCAAUUCGCCACCGACAUCUCGGCCGACACGGGCGACACGGUGCGCACGCUGGUACUCGCGCUUCUGAGCGGCAGCAUGACCGCGGAGGAGUUUCACUCGGCGUUGCAGGAGGCGACCAACUUCCCGCUCAGAAGCUUCGUCCUGCCGUAUCUCAAGCACACCCUGCCCUCCCUGCAGAGGGACCUGAGCAACGCGGCCAGGGCGAAUAAUCAGAGCUGCGUGCAGUUUCUACGAUCCAACGAGUCCGCCGUACUCGAGGCCGUAGGGCUGGUACCGUCCGGCGAGUCCGUCGAGGUCUUUGGCGAGCACGGGGGUGCGAACGGGAUCGGCGGUGGCAAUCAGUGCUCCGCUCAUUACGCCAUGCGCUCAAAUUCUAAUCCCGGCGCCAUUCAGCACGCGGUGGGCAGCAACGCCGCGGGCGCGUUGCACCAUUAUCCUGGCGUUGCUCAUGCACCGAAACGCCGUGCCUCCGACACCCCAUACUACGAGAACGGUGUUCUCUUGGACGACAUGCCGGUAUACGGCAAGAGAUCCGUCAAUCCUUGGAGCCAUCACCAUCAACAGCAGCAGCAGCAGCAACAGCAGCAGCCGACGGACCCGUCGUACUGCUGGUACCAUCCGUUGCACACCUCGGGCGGAUCGAUUCAAGGCCACGCGCACGGCCACGGCCACGGUCCGAGCCCGGUGCCGCCUAGCCUCGUGCAAAUUAAUCAGAUAAACGCGUUCUCCGCGCCGCAUCAUCUGACCCAGCAGCCGCAGCCGUCGAUGGGCCACGGUCUGCAGACGCAGAACGGCGGCAGCCUCGACGACGAGUGGAAGAAUAUCCACGUGAUGCUCAACUGCAUCCUCGGCAUGGUCGAGAAGACGAAGCGGGCGUUGGCGAUCCUCCAGCGACGGGGAUGCUCCAGCCCGGCGGCGGCCGCGGCGCCUCCGCCAGGUGUGGUCGCGGCGCAAAAUGGUACCAGCAAUAACGGCAACAGUAACGGCAACAAUCCCUCGUCGACUAACGGCGUGCAGGUCGAGUCGUCCACCGGCGAUCGAGAUGGUAGCCUGAAGCGACUGUCCGGCGAGAUCGUCGCGCAAACGAUCAGGGCGACUGAGGACAGGGUGGCCGAAGUCAAACGAAGAGCCGAGGAAGCUGUGUUGGAAGUGAAAAGGGCCGCAGUGGCGGAGGUGCAACGCGCCGUAGCGGUUGCGGUUGCGGAGUCGAGGGCGAACGAACGUUUGAGGGUUCAUCGAUUACUGGACCUUCCUCUGUCCCAAAGAAAUCCAGGCAGUCUCCGUCAGGGCCCUUUCCUGAGAGUUCACGGGAAUUCGACCGCGGUCGAGACCAGCGCCAGGAAUGUUACGACACCGACGACGACACCGAAUUCGGCGCCGUCGACCACCGAGGACGAAAAGGAUAUCCACCUCACUAGCAUGAUGGGAUCCAGCUGUUGGAAUUGCGGCAGACCCGCCCUGGAGACCUGCGGUGGAUGCGGGAUCGCCCGAUACUGCGGCUCCUUCUGCCAGCAUCGCGACUGGGAGGCCGGCCACCACACGACCUGCAACAACCUACCGCCGCGCGAGCCGCGAAGAUCAGCCUCGCGCAGCCCGCCGAGGGUCACUGCCGCGAAUCUCUCCACGAGUGUCAACGAGGUCGACGCCACGCCGGUGCCGUCCGCCGGCGUCUCGUCGAAGGGGAAGUGACGUCGCGGUGCUAGGGGCAAUCAGCGAUCGGCCAGAUCGAUCGACUACGAGUCGCGCUGAUCGCGCGUUUCCCGCGAAAGACUCAUCUCUCUCUCCUAUGUAAAGAAUGCUCUGAAUGAAUUGAAAUGAACCGUGAGAGGAACGCGAAUUCCUGUGAAAUCGAAUGCCUGAUCCUCGAAAUCGGGGAUUGACUUGAAAUUGUCGGGGAUGUCCGUUUGUCCCCUCCGCUUUCCGAUUGUGUCUCUCUUCGCGAGAAUUAAGGCAGGAAGAAAGGACGGGAAACGAAACGAGCCAAUUCCUAAUUUUGAUAAUCACACGUUUUCACAAGAUAAAUUCCUGCGCCCAUUCUUUUUAACUCAUUCAUCUUCUACAGUGUUUUCACCGAUCAUACAUCUUCUGCGUACACUUAUUGUUGCGUUUUUUUUUCCUUUUCGCGAAAACCGACCGGAGAUUUCUUUUGUAAUAUAUAUGAAUACGAGUGAACAAGAAUUUCUCUGUUCUAUAUCUACGAAAAAGAACUUGACUAUACGCUCGUCAAGCUCGGAAAAUGUUAGUUCGAUUAAUUCGCUGAAUAGAAUCUCUAAUCUAAUCCCGGCAUUUUAGUUAAUUAAAAAUAUUUUCGAUAAUAAAUGAAUUUUACGAUUAUUUAACCAAUUAAAAAAAUAUUUCCAAUAUUCAAAUAGUCGAUCAAAUUUGAUGUUAUCGAUCUUUGGAUUAAAAUUACUUUACAGAAAUUUAAUACUGAAAAGGCCAAAUUAC